AUGGUGGAGAAGAAGCUUCCACAAGGGGUGGAAAUUCAUCCAACAGCAAUUGUCUGUCGCGAAGCGACGUUGGAAGGAUGUGUUAGCAUCGGCGCUGGGACCGUUGUACAUCCAUUCGCGAUCAUAAAAGCUACCAAUGGGCCGAUUAUCAUCGGGGAGAAUAAUAUUAUCGAAGACCGUUCUCUCAUUGAAAAUAUACUAGAAAAUGACGAUAAACUCAUGGAGAUUGGGAAUCAGAACGUCAUUGAGGUUGGAGCAGUUGUCCAUGCUCCUACAGUAGGCAACAACAACGUGCUUCAUGUUCAAUGUGAAGUCAGCCCAAACAGCUGCAUCAGUAAUGGAUGUUCGAUUGGAGUCAGAUGCAAAUUAUUCGCAAAGGAAACAUUGCCAGAACGGACAGUGAUUUAUGGGAAAUUUAACGAACGACGGGUUGCUAACGAUAAUCCACCGGUUCCCCAAGGUCAACUAGAGGUUCUGCGACGGCUACUGCCAUCUUAUCACUAUCUACAGAAGUCAAAGGCGCAAGCAUAA